CCCCAACUUACAAUCUAAGUUAAAAAGCAAAACGCAAUUUGGUAUAUGGUAAUUACACGAUCUUCUCUCUCUCUCCAAUCCUUACAUUUUAGUCCUUCGCCAAAACCUUACAACAACGACAAUGUUGCAAGAAAGACACGGCGGUGGUCCACCCCACGGCGUAAUACUAGCAGUGGUCGUAUUUAUCGUGGUAUUAGCUCCGUUCUUAUACGGUGACCAAGGUGAAGCUAUCACUGAAGCCAUUUCCGAGCUAUUGACUCCGCUCGGUCUCCUCCUCUUGCCCAUCUUCCUCCUCCUCGCAAUCCAGUUCCUUUCCUCCGAUCGUGGCUCCUUUGUCUCCGGCGUAUUCUCCACCGGUGAACCCGACACCAUUUACGGUCUAAGUGGCUCCCCCGUCGGCGUUGCCCUCUUUCUUCUCCUCGUCUUGUUCUUGCUUUACAAUCGUGUUUCCAUCUUCGGCGGUGGCGAUGAUUCCGAUGAUUGACGAUUUAACGUCGCAGCCCUGUUUUUGUUAUGUCUUCAUUCGUUUCAGCACCGUUGAGGAUUGGAUUCCGAUGACCGUAAGUUCCGUCGCCGGUGAUUAAUAGUUUGCAUCCGAUGAGGCACAGUAUAAUCGCACGUAGAAUUUUUUGUUUGUGUUCUUUUUGUGAUUUUACCUGAAUACCCAGGCGAUCAAAGGGCCUGUAUCAUGAGCAAUCGAGGGCAUUGUUGUCAUUUGCAUAUGGCAACCUUGUUUCACUGUUUAGUUAUACGUUGUUGCUUUUUCUCGUCUAUUUACAGUUUUAAUACCUCUAAAAUGUUGAAAUUUAAGAAUUAAUCCCUUUUAUUUGACAUUAUUUUAUCUCUA